ACAUGUUGACACUGUGUGUGGGUGUGUGUGUGCGCAGAACCUGCUGUUGUUGAGUCCUACAGAGCGGUUUCUAACGGAGCAGAGUUUGGACCACCAUGCCUUCCAGACACCGCGACUGGUGGAGCGACCUGGACCUCCUACACCCACACCAGUCCGCUCCUCUAAGAGGAAGCCUCAUCACACGGACAACAGCGCCCCCACCAGGAGUCAUGGUGUUAAGGGUUCGGAUCACCACCGCUCAGCUAGUAGAGACUGUUCCAGCCUGCCCCGUCACGAAGACCUCCACCCUAGCAACGACAGCUUCCUGAAUGGCAACAGCCUGAGCCCCACCCUCCACCCCAAGACCUAUGCCCCGCCCCCCCAGCUCCUGAAUCGCUCAGCCUCCUGCUCCAAGGACCUAGCCAACAACAACCUGCCCCACCUCCUCAGCCCCAAGGAGACCAAGAGCAACCUACCCCACCUCCUCAGCCCCAAAGAGACCAAGAACAAAGACUUUGACUUCACCUCCGGAGCCAAGGCCUCAGAUGGGCCGGGAGCCAAGUACCUCAAGUCCAACAGCCGCUCGCAGCAGAACCGCCAUAGCUUCGUAGAGGGAAAGACCAGCACCCUGAUGUCUGGAGACAAACAUAGAGCCAGAGACCGAGACCGCCACAGCUACAUGGGGGAGCAUGGGUCCUCUAAGUCUGCAGGAGGGUUAGGGUUAGCAGGAGGCUCCUAUAUAAACCUGUCUAAGAGCCACGGGGCCCUCAACGACGCCAAGUCAGUAGGGAACCUUAGCGACCCACGUAUCCAUGGUGACGAACCUCCAUCACGCUACUUCCCUACUUCCUGUCUGGACCUCAACGCUCCUGGCAGCCCGGCGACCGGUCAUCAUCGUCACAGCCCUGCAAGCCGGCGCUCGGAGAGAGAGAGCAAUACGCUAGACUCCUCCUCCCGACGCACCUCCUCACGACACAAGAGCUCUGAGGAGGCCAAGUCCCCUGAGGGAGGAGACCCGGGAGGAGGAGGUGGAAGCCAUGGUCACUCCCUGUCCGCCACUCAUGAGGCCUUCCCCUACGGCCUGGGCUACACAUCCCCCUUCUCCUCCCAGCAUAGACCUCACCGCCACUCCAUGUACGUGCGGCGGGAGCGUCAGAGGACCCACGGGGGGGCCAGUGAGGGGGGGCUGGCGGUGGGACAGGGGAUGUCCACCAGAGCCUCCAGCCUCCAGCUCCUCUCCCCCCAGUUGCAGCACCGCACCCUGCCCAGGCACUCUGGUGGAUCUUCUACAGAGGACAUUACCAGGGUGGGGAUGUUCCAUGAGCAGCACCCAGAGGACGGAGUCUCUUCUAAAGAAAACCGCAUCAUCUACAGUGAGUCCAUGCCCAGGAGGGUUGGCAGCUUCUAUAGAGUGCCGUCCCCGCGGCCAGAUAACGGAGGUCAGGGCAGCAGGGGGACAGGAGGGGGGACAGUGGACGGAAGCACCUUGCCCAACCAUCCCAAACGCCAGCCGGCCUUUGACCCCUGGAUGCGCCCAGAGAUGGUGGUGAUGAACCAAUCAGAGCCGACCAAAGAAAAGGAGAAGCAGGCUUCUUCAAGCAAUAAAGAAGAAGAAGAAGAAGUCCCAAACGUACUAGUCUAA